AUGGAGAGAGAGAACUACAACCGUGGCCGUGGUGGUGCUCGCGGCCGUGGUGAUCGCGGUGGUGGUCGUAAUAGUGGUGGCAGAGGUGGGAAUUACCCACAUCCACAGUACCAGCAGCAGGAUCAGUAUCAAGGUGGUGGUGAUCGUGGUGGUGGUGGUCGUAAUCGUGGUGGUGGUCGUAAUCGUGGCGGCGGCGGUAGGGUUGGGAAUUAUCCAGAUCAACAGUAUCAGCAGGAGGGACAGUAUCAUGGUGGUGGAAGAGGAAGAGGUUGGGGUAGGGGUCCCACCCAGACUGGUGGGGAACAGUGGGGUAUUAGGCCAAGUCACACAGAUCUGGGUGGUGGAGCUUACAGGCCACCAGCCCCACCACAAGGGAGUGUUCACGGUGUGGGGCCCACGAUGGAGGAGUCAACUGAAGGAUAUGGCAGAGGUGGGUAUGGUGGAGCAGCAGGUAGAGGAAGAGGAGUCUCGAGUGUGAGGCCUUCGACUCCCACUUUUGUGCCUGGUCAAUCUCAAUCUCAGUCUCAAGAUCGGUCUCUCUCUGAUAAGGUUCCUGAACAAACUCUUCCUGGUAGAUCUCUUACCCUUAAUCUUAGUUUACAUUUUUUGUCAGUGUGUAUUUAA